AUGUUUGCUGGGAGCCCUGUCCACAACCAAUCUGGCCCCACUGAGUUCGUGUUCCGCGUGUUCACCACCGUCCCUGAAUUCCAGGCCCUCCUCUUCCUCCUCCUCUACUUGCUGAUCCUUUGUGGCAACACGGCCAUCAUCUGGGUGGUGUGCACGCACAGCUCGCUGCGCACCCCAAUGUACUUCUUCCUGUGCAACCUGUCUUUCCUGGAAAUCUGCUACACCUCUGUCGUGGUGCCUCUGAUGCUUUCCAACAUUUUGGGGGCCUGGAGGCCCAUUCCACUGGCUGGCUGUGGGGCCCAGAUGUUCUUCUUUGCCACCUUUGGUAGCACUGACUGCUUUCUCUUGGCAAUCAUGGCAUAUGAUCGCUAUGUGGCCAUCUGCCAUCCACUGCACUACACCCUCAUCAUGACCCAGAAGCUGUGCAUCCAGAUGGUGGCUUGCGCCGCAGGCCUGGCCCUCUUCCUCUCCCUGCAGCUCACCUCCUUGGUCUUCACGCUGCCCUUCUGUGGCCACCGCCUGGAAAUCAACCACUUCCUGUGCGACGUGCCUCCCGCCCUGCGGCUGGCCUGUGCGGACAUCCGCGUGCACCAGGCCGUGCUCUAUGUGGCGAGCAUCCUCGUGCUGACCGUCCCCUUCCUGCUUAUCUGUGUCUCCUACGUGUUCAUCACCUCCGCCAUCCUGCGCAUCCACUCUGCCGAGGGCCGCCGCCGGGCCUUCUCCACCUGCUCCUCGCACCUCACCGUGGUCUUGCUGCAGUAUGGCUGUUGCAGCCUGGUGUACCUGCGUCCCCGGUCCAGCACCUCAGAGGAUGAGAACCGCCAAAUCGCCUUGGUCUACACCUUCAUCACCCCCUUACUCAACCCGCUGAUUUACACCCUCAGGAACAAGGAUGUCAAAGGUGCCCUGAGGAAUGCCAUCGCCAUUAAAGCAGCCUCGGACACCCAUUGAGGUUUAAGGGGCCAGGAAUGGGUGUCUGUCAGUUGCCAUGACAAUGAACUCUAAACAAUGAAUAUGGAAUUCCCAUCCUACUUACCUCCCCCACACUUUGCAGUGGGCAGUUCUUUUUGCCAUAUUUGCCCCAUGGUCCACAGUCUGUACUCAUUUUCUUCAAGGGCUUGAAGAAGAUUUGAAAAUGUGGACCAAAGUCUCAGUGCAGGAGCUCUAGUCUGCUGGCCCUACUUUACAGGUUCAGAGCUCAUCAGGGCCCCCUCAUGCAUGCUGGGAAUAAAGCAUCACACCUUUCAACCUCCUGCCUCCUGCAAAGGCGAUGGAUGCUGCUGAGGCAUCCUGUGAACAACACCUUCAGAAAAUGUG